AUGGGGAUUAACUUGUCACUGCACAAACACAAGGGAAGAACAAUAGAUAACCGUUCUGUCAGUAUUGAACAAAUACAAGAAUUUAAAUAUAUUGGUGGUCGAAAAUUUUAUGAUAUUAAUGUUGCGCCAUAUGUAUUUCCCACGGAUAUUGAAGAGGUUGAUCGUCUGCAUCAACAACAUUUCACGCUCAAACACAUUUGUAGAGGAAACUACACGGCACCAAUUCAUGACAUAAUAAGACCUGGAAGUAAGAUACUGGACUUGGGUUGUGGUCCAGGUCAAUGGACACUGGAAAUUGCACAAGAAUUUCCAUUUGCACAAGUGUACGGGAUCGACAUUAGUUCGAACUUCCCAAGUUCAAUUAAACCGUUGAAUUCACAUUUCAUAGUUGGUGAUGUUACGGAAGGUUUACCUUGGGAAGAUAACUAUUUUGAUUUUAUUUGGAUACGGUAUUUGUUCGCUGCAAUUAAGGAUGCAGAUUGGCGGAAUUUAUAUCAUGAGAUUAAGCGUGUUUUAAAACCAGGUGGAAUACUUGAACAUCAUGAGUGUGACGGGCUUACCGUAACCGCUGGUCCGAAAUUCAAAUACAUUCAGAAAUAUUUAGAAGCAGCAUUUAUUUCACGUGGUCUAAACUUACGAUUGGCAUGUCAACUAAGUGAACGAAUUAGAAUGGCUGGAUUCGAAGACAUACAACCAUCAUACGUAUCUGUAACGCUCGGAAAACAAGGCGGUGUGAUUGGAAAAAUAUGGGCAACGAAUGGAAAGGAAUCUUAUAUCGCUAUGAAACCUUGGCUCGCAGGAUUCUCUAGAAUUACAGAUGAUGAGUACGAAUCAAUAAUUCGAUAUAUUUUCGAAUAUGAAAUUGAAGAAUAUAAUGUUCAUCAUAAUCAUCAUAUGGUUUGGGCACGGAAGAUGAUGCAAUCAUCAUAG